GGUCCCCCGGGGCCUCGGUGGUGGCGGAAAGCGGGGCGCCUGGGCGCAUGCGCAGUGAGGUUCCACGUGAGCGCCUGCGUUUCUUCUCAAAGCUAACGAUGCCGCCGGAACGGAGGAGACGGAUGAAACCGGACCGGAGGACCGGAGCGAAAUCGAACCGGAAGACCCGAGCGAAGCCGGAUUGGAGAGGCGGAGCGGGGCCGAGCGGGCGCGGAGCGGGGCCGAGCGGGCCGCCCCGAAAGACUGCCCCUUCAUCCCAGCGGAAACCGCCGGCCCGGCCAAGCGCGGCGGCCGCUGCUAUCGCAGUCGCGGCGGCGGAGGAGGAGAGACGGCUCCGGCAGCGGAACCGCCUGACUCUGGAGGAGGACAAACCGGCUGCGGAGCGCUGCCUGGAGGAGCUGGUCUUCGGCGACGUAGAGGACGACGAGGACGAGCUGCUGCGGCGACUGCGGGGUCCGCGGGUUCAAGAACAUGAGGACUCGGGUGACUCAGAAAUGGAGAAUGAAGCAAAAGCUAAUUUUCUGCCUCAAAAGAAGCCAGUUUGGGUGGAUGAAGAAGAUGAAGAUGAGGAAAUGAUUGACAUGAUAAAUAAUCGGUUUCGGAAAGAUAUGAUGAAAAAUGCCAGUGAAAGUAAACUUUCAAAAGAUAACCUUCAAAAGAGACUUAAAGAAGAAUUCCAGCAUGCCAUGGGGGGAGUACCUGCCUGGGCAGAGACUAAUAAGCGGAAAACAUCUUCAGAUGAUGAAAGUGAAGAGGAUGAAGAUGAUUUGUUGCAAAGGACUGGGAAUUUCAUAUCCAUAUCAGCUUCUCUUCCAAGAGGAAUCUUGAAGAUGAAGAACUGCCAGCAUGCUAAUGCUGAACGUCCUUCUGCAGCUCGGAUCUCGUCUGUGCAGUUCCAUCCUUGUGCACAGGUUGUGAUGGUUGCUGGAUUAGAUAAUGCUGUAUCACUAUUUCAGGUUGAUGGAAGAACAAAUCCUAAAAUCCAGAGCAUAUAUUUGGAAAGGUUUCCAAUCUUUAAGGCUUGUUUUAGUGCUAAUGGAGAAGAAGUUUUAGCCACAAGUACUCACAGCAAGAUUCUUUAUGUCUAUGAUAUGCUGGCUGGAAAGUUAAUUCCUGUGCAUCAAGUGAGAGGUUUAAAAGAGAAGAUAGUGAGGAGCUACGAGGUCUCCCCAGAUGGGUCCUUCUUGCUCAUAAACGGCAUUGCUGGGUAUUUGCAUUUGCUGUUAAUGAAGACCAAAGAACUGAUUGGAAGCAUGAAAAUUAAUGGAAGGGUUGCAGCAUCCACAUUCUCUUCAGAUAGUAAGAAAAUAUACGCCUCUUCAGGGGAUGGGGAAGUUUACAUUUGGGAUGUGAACUCUAGGAAGUGCCUUAACAGAUUUGUUGAUGAAGGCAGUUUAUAUGGAUUAAGCAUUGCCACAUCUAGGAAUGGACAAUAUGUGGCUUGUGGUUCUAAUUGUGGGGUGGUGAACAUAUACAAUCAAGAUUCUUGUCUCCAAGAAACAAAUCCAAAACCAAUAAAAGCGAUAAUGAACUUAGUCACAGGUGUUACUUCUAUGACCUUCAAUCCUACUUCAGAAAUCUUGGCAAUUGCUUCAGAAAAAAUGAAAGAAGCAGUCAGAUUGGUUCACCUUCCUUCCUGUACAGUAUUUUCAAACUUUCCAGUUAUUAAAAAGAAGAAUCUUUCUCAUGUUCAUACUAUGGAUUUUUCUCCCAGAAGUGGAUACUUUGCCUUGGGGAAUGACAAGGGCAAGGCACUGCUGUAUAGGUUGCACCAUUACUCAGACUUCUAACGAGGUCAUUUGUGAUCCAGUUGAGUCAUAAGAGAAGCCUGUCCCAAUAUGUCUUCCCAGAAACUUUCCUGAAUGUGUGAUAUUAUAUGGAUAAUGAUUUAUGGAGCCAGUUGUGCUGAAGUUAACAGCAAUGUCUUAAUAAACACAUGGCAGCUUUUGCUUGAAAA